GAGGGCGCGGCGCGCGGGGCCGGCGCGGGGCGCGGCGGCGGCGGCCCGCGUGACCCAGCGCCCGCGCCCGCGAGCCCGCGCCCGCCGCGCCGGCCCAGCCGCAGGAUGCGCGCCCCGCCGCUGCUGCUGCUGCUGGCCGCCUGCGCGCCGCCGCCCCGCGCCGCGGCCGCCCCGACGCCGGCGGGCUGGGAGCCGGCGGCCGACGCGCCCUGGUGCCCCUACAAGGUGCUGCCCGAGGGCCCCGAGCCGGGCGGCGCGCGCCUGUGCUUCCGCAGCCCCGCGCGCGGCUUCCGCUGCCAGGCGCCCGGCUGCGCGGCGCACGCCUCGGCCGGCCGCUCGCUGCGCGCCAGCGUCCUCCGCAACCGCAGCGUCCUGCUGCAGUGGCGCCUGGCGCCGGCCGAGGCGCGCCGCGUGCGCGCCUUUGCGCUCAACUGCUCGUGGCGCGGCGCCUACACGCGCUUCCCCUGCGAGCGCGUGCUGCUCGGCGCGGCCUGCCGCGACUACCUGCUGCCCGGCGUGCACGACGGCGUGCGCUACCGCCUGUGCCUGCAGCCGCUGCCGCCGCCCGCCGCGCCCGAGCCCGCCGCGCCCGCCGAGUGCGUGGAGUUCGCCGCCGAGCCGGCCGGCAUGCGCGAGAUCGUGGUGGCCAUGACGGCGGUGGGCGGCUCCAUCUGCGUCAUGCUCGUGGUCAUCUGCCUGCUGGUGGCCUACAUCACCGAGAACCUCAUGCAGCCCGCCUUCGGGCGCCCCGGCCCGCGCCGCCAGCCCUGAGCGCCGGCCGCCCC